GAAGACUCGUCGUGUUCGUGACUCGUGCUGCCGAUCGACAGUAGCGUGAAGGCAGUCCGAGAGAAUGACUCGUCGCGCGCGUUCCAGCGUCUUGCGGCUGGUGGCCGUCGUGGCCCUGCUCGCGCCCUUCGCCGCGGCCAUCUCCAAGAACGAUUUAUACCCUUACGGGACCCCCGGGUCCUCGAACCUCCAGACGGACGCAAACGGGAUGCUGCUGUCCGCCGAGACCGCCCUGAAGACGCCCAUCGCAUUCUACGAUAAGACCUACAGCAGUAUAUUCGUGAACGGGAAUGGCGUCCUCUCCUUCGCUAGAGCGAUGCAAAGGUUCUUCAACAUCCCGUUCCCGCUGGACGAUCCGGUUAUCGCGCCGCUCUACACCCACGUCGACACGAGAGGCUCCGGAAGGGUCUAUUACGGCGAAACAGAUUCACCGGAAGUUCUCGCGAGAGCCGGAGGAAUGGUGCGACACGCUUUCAAGGACGCGGCUGAUUUCGUGCCCACGCACGUGUUCCUAGCCACCUGGCUGGACGUUGGAUACUUCAACGAGAAGAGCGACAAGGUGAACACUUACCAAGUAGCGAUCUCGUCGAACGGCACGCAUUCCUACGUCGAGCUACUGUACCCGGAUAAUGGUAUCCAGUGGAUCCAAGGUGAAUCGCACCCCAGCGGCCUGCCAGACGCGAAGGCGCAGGCAGGAUUUAUGAGCGAAGGAAGAAUGUACACCGUGAAGGGUUCCGGGACGGAUCAGAUUCAGAACGCCGACAAGUGGUCGAACGUGAACAGACCGGGACAAUGGCUGUUCCGAGUUGGUCCAGCAUUGAACGACGACGAAGUUAAACUACCGGAUAACAUUGAGGACAUCAGCGCAACGAACCAGGUGGCCAGCUGCAGAACCGGAGCAACGACUUGCCACAGCAAAGCGUCGUGCAUGGACUACGAGGUCGGGUUCUGUUGCCACUGCAAGCAAGGAUUCUUCGGGAACGGGAAAUCCUGUCAGCCGAAUGAUGUCCCACUUCGUGUAAUUGGCCGCAUCUCCGGCACGAUCAACAAUGUUGAAUUCCCAGCGAGAGAUUUGCAGUGUUAUGUCCAAACAAAGGAUGGAAGAACGUACACCGCUCUGUCCCGUGUGCCGGAUGAGAUCGGCCCGAACUUCCAACUGCUCGGCAGUCUCGGUGAAGUGAUUGGCUGGCUGUUCGCGAAACCUAUUGGAAAGACGAAGAAUGGCUAUGAACUGACAGGCGGCUUCUUCAACCACACGGCAGUAUUGACGUUCGGCUCGACGGGCGACAAGGUGACGAUUCGCAACAAUUACCUCGGCUUGGACGUGUUCGGCCAGUUGAAAAUGGAGGCUGAGGUGACAGGUACGUUGCCGCAACUGUCGAGGGACACCCGGGUCAGCCACGGCGACUACGAUGAACUUUAUACCAGAGUGCAAUCGGGCAUAAUUCGCGCUCAGAGCGAACGAACUUCGAAAUUGAACGACGGUUCCGGGGAACGGGAUAUGGUCUUCACGUUGGACCAGACGAUCAUUUAUAACGAGUGUUCCUACCUGCUCGUUGACCCCGAGGACGACACAACGAGGCUCAAGUACUUCAGAGGUGUGACGACUUACGAGGCCACCGAGGGCAUUAUCCGGUUCGCCGUAAACACGAAGGUCGCGCCGCUCGAGGAGGAGGACCCUUGCAUUAAGGGAAAGGAGACCUGCCCCGACUAUAGCAAUUGCGUCGUCGUUGGCGAUAGGUUCAAAUGCGAAUGCAACUCUGGAUUCCAUUAUCUCUACGAAGAGGACGGCACCGCGACCUGUGUGGAUGUGGACGAAUGCACAGCCGGCAAUCACAUGUGUUCUCCGGAUGCGCAGUGCAUUAACCAAGAGGGUAGCCACACCUGCGAGUGCCGGGCUGGCUUCUCCGGGGAUGGCCGGGUUUGCGAUAAGAUUCCCUCCUGCGAGGACGUUCGCUGCGACAAUUACAAGACCUGCGUGAUGAUCGACGGCGUGCCUAAUUGCGUUUGUACAUCGGGUUUCGAGGAAACGGAGCAGGGUUGCUAUCCUAUCCAGCGAGGUUUCUGCGAAGUCGAGAACAACUGCUCUUCAAACGCCAUCUGCAUCCUGAACGAGGAUAAACCCGUGGUCUGCAUGUGCUUGCCCGGUUUUCUUGGGGAUGGUUACACGUGCCAGCCUGAGACGGACGUGUCCACGACGGACACGCCGCAACCGCAGUGCUUGCAAAAUAGGUGCUGGUGCCCGGGCGGUUGGGAGUACCGGGAUUACGAAUGCGUGCGCCAGGAGGAGGAGUCGAGGACCGUCUACUACCAGCGAGACCUAUCGGCACGCCCAAUCCCGGAAUGCUUGGAAGACUACUGCAUAUGCCCCUGGGGAUACGAUUACAACCGCACGGAGGAGAUUUGCAUGCCCCGACCAGGAUACAACCACGAAACGAUGGGCCCAUCAGGAGUUCACUUACCGUGCAACGUGGUGAACAGGUGUCAUCCCUACGCGCAGUGUGUAUACGUAACGAGUACCGGUGACUACGAGUGCCGCUGUAAUCCCGGCUUCAACGGAAAUGGCGUCGAGUGCACGAAAACAGAAGUGUCCUGUAUGGAGGUGGACAUCUGCGACCCGAAGGCGUCCUGCCAGUCCGAGGAGCCGUUGGCCAAAUGCGUUUGCAAUCCAGGAUAUGAUGGAGACGGAACCACUUGCAGUCCUAUCGACAAGUGCAGCUCGAACGCCGACUGCGCGGAAGGCGAGAUGUGCUCGUACAAUCCGAGCAACUCCCGGCACGAGUGCAGUUGCUCACCUGGCUACAGCAUGGUGGAUGAAAGGUGCGUGGUGUCCGAUUGCUCGACGAAUCCGAUGCAGUGCCACGUGAACGCACAAUGCGUGUCAGCUGGAGACGGGGGCUACCUAUGCGUCUGCAUCGAGGGCUACAACGGCGACGGGAUACGUCAAUGCGUCGAGGACCAUAUCGGCUGUAACGUCCUGAAUAAUUGCGGCAGGGACGCGGUCUGCGGCUACAACCAGACCUCCUCGAACUUCGCGUGCGUCUGCCAACCGGGAUUCUACGGCGACGGGUUCACGUGUCUUCCUCAAUCGUCUUGUCGACGUGAUCCAGCUCUUUGCUCGCCGGAUGCGACGUGCGUGCCGGCCGGGGACAAUCAAUUCGCCUGUGUGUGCAACGAGGGCUACAGCGGGGACGGGACUAGUUGCAAGCCUCGGCCGAAACACGAGUCGAACUUCCUGCUGGUCAACCAAGGAAUGGCCACGAUGAGGAUUCCGUUCGCGCCGACCUACGACAACCCGGGCAGCCCGAUCUACAUAGCGUACCAGCAAAUGGCCAUCGCGAUCGACAUCGACUGUCUGAACGGGAAAGCGUACGCGAGCGACAUCACCGGCAAUCGAAUAAUCGAGUUGAAUUACAACGGAUCGGCCGAGACGUUCCUGCCGAAAGUAAGCAGUCCCGAGGGACUGGCGGUCGAUUGGGUUUCGAGAAAUAUUUUCUGGACCGACUCCGGCAACGCUACCGUCGAGGUAGCCAAUCUCGAGACGAAGAAACGCAGGGUCCUCGUUUCCGACGGACUGGUCAAUCCUAGGGGGAUAGCUGUCCACCCGUUCCGGGGGAAGAUAUUCUGGUCCGAUUGGAACCGUGCCUCGCCGAAAUUGGAGUGGGCCAACGAGGACGGGACCGGCCGGGCAAUCUUCCUUCAAGGGGAUUACGUCAAGCUGCCGAAUUCAUUAAGUAUCGAUUGGGCGACGGAUGAGCUAUGCUGGGCGGACGCCGGAACGUUUACGAUAAGUUGCAUGGACAUCGAUAACAGGGAGAUCAACGUGGUGGCGAACGCGCUCACCUACCCCUUCGGACUGGCGAUCUCGCAGCAGAAUUAUUACUGGACCGACUGGAAGACCCACAAAAUCGAGGUUGCCAUGAAGAGCACCGGGGACAGGAAGCCGGCCAUAUCGAUACCACCCGGAGGAAGCGGUAAAUUAUACGGAAUAGUCGUCGUUCCUGAGUCCUGCCCAAGAGUGACGAACGCCUGCAAAUACGAAAACGGAAGGUGUAACAAGGACCAGUUGUGUCUGCCGGACGGCCAAGGUGGCAGGACGUGUGCGUGCGCGGACGACGCGGCAGGAUGCACCGAUUCUCAUUAACCAACAUAAUCGAUUGACCAGAAUCGAAAUCCGGCGACGCGGAACUCGGACGCGAAAGUGAAACAACAACGGAGGCAUCGGAGGCUUCGCGUCGGCCGCGAUGUGUCACUCAUUAAGUUCGCGUGUAAAUUAUAAUAAUAUUUCUUGAUAUGUUUAGUUUGUCGUCCACGUUUUCGUGUAACACACUUUUUUUUAUCUAAUAUAACCGCCGCGUGAUGCUGGCUGUAUGGUGCUGCGGCACGAUGCCGCGUUAUUUAAUAAAAGUUUAAGACAUUA